AUGAUCUCAACUAUGCGUCUACCACGCGCUAUCAAGCAAGCUGUCCGCACUUGUUCGCACUAUACAAGACCCAGUCGCAUCCUCGUAACUGGUGGCACGGGUCAAAUUGGUAUGGAACUUGUGCCUUACAUGCGACAAUUCUUUGGUGCCGAUGUGAUCGUCAAUUCGGACAUUAAAGCACCUACUGGUCCUCGUGACAAUUAUUUUGUUUACUGUGAUGUACAAGACCGCAAUUCUAUGGCACGUAUCGUAGUGGAGCAAGGUGUUGAUACGAUCGUGCACAUGGCAUCGCUAUUGUCUGCUUUAGGAGAAGCCAAUCCUUCGCUUGCUUUGUCAGUAAACACACAAGGUAUUCAGAAUGUUCUCGAGCUGGCUAAACAAUAUCAAUUACGAGUCUUUGCACCUUCAACUAUUGCAGUCUUUGGUCCAUCCACACCAAAAGAUGAGACUCCAGAUACGACGAUUAUGCGUCCUACGACCAUGUAUGGACUCACAAAGGUCCACGUGGAAUUACUGGGAGAGUAUUACCAUAAUAAAUUUGGUGUUGAUUUUCGUUCAAUACGAUACCCAGGCGUAAUCUCAUCAGAGGCGCUCCCUGGUGGUGGUACGACGGACUAUGCCGUCGAGAUAUUCUACGAAGCCCUUAGACAUGGCAAAUAUACAUGUUUUCUUGAACCCGAUGCUAAGCUCCCUAUGAUGUACAUGCCAGACUGUUUGAACGCUACUGUCGGUUUAAUUAACGCACCAAAUGAUUGUCUCUCGCAACGGACAUACAACAUUACGGCAGUCUCGUUUGCCCCUCAAGACAUUGUCGCGUCAAUUCAAAAGAUCAUGCCAAGUUUCCAAUGUGAUUACAAGCCCGACUUUCGUCAACAGAUCGCUCAGACGUGGCCGCGCUCAAUUGACGAUAGUAUUGCUCGCAAGGAUUGGAAUUGGCAACAUACUUUUGAUUUGGACACCAUGGUGGAGGAUAUGCUCAUCAAACUUGAUGCUAAGCUUUCGAAACCGGAUGUUGUGGUUGAGGAGAUGGCGUAA